AUGGUUCUAGAGCUUCACGUGUGGGGUCCAGCUUUUGGCCUGCCCUCAAUUGAACCAGAGUGUAUAGCUACCAUAGCCUAUUGCCAGCAAGUGCUUGCAAAAGGGCAAUGGUCACUGGUAGCCGAACACGUUCCGUCUGUUGGUAUUACUGCCUCAGGAUUCGAGGAUAUAGUCGCAUACCUUCGCAAUCACCCCACGGCUGCCACCCAUGACCUCGACGCCAAGCUGUCAAGUCGACAGCGAACCGACAGAAUAGCGUCAGUAACCGACAGAAUACCUGGUUCGACCGCGACCUCUCUCAUCGACCUCUUGUUAUAUGUGUCGGCCGAGAACUAUAGGACCGCGACUUCUACUGCAUAUACCGCUAUAUUGCCAUGGUACGCCAAUUACACAGUUCCACCUCGGCGUCGCGAACUGGCAAAAGCCAGGACGUCACACAUGGGUUUGGGUAGUCUUGAAGUAGACAUUACGGCCGAGGAAGCCUUUGCGCCAGGGCGCGGUACUGCAUCGUCAGAAUAUGAGGCUGCCAAGCGGGCAGCUGGGAUACCUAGCGAUGGCACGCCCAGAGCUAUGAGUAUGGGCCGCGGGAAAGGCUUUGGUGGACUUUUGAGUGGUCCUGUAUAUGCUGCCCGGUUCAGACUUGACGCCAUUUCAGAUGAACUGCUGGGUCCGCUAUCUGACCUCCUUGGCAAACAUGAUUAUCUGUUCAGGGGAUCUGCACCGUCGAGCCUGGAUUGCCUGACAUUUGGCUACCUUUCGCUACUGUACUACCCGUCCCUACCUCAAGCAUGGGCCAAGGAGACUCUUGAAGCAAGAUACCCACGCCUGGUAGAGUACAUGCGAAGAAUACGGCUGCAUAUCUUCCAAGACGAUGUGACGGACCCAUCUAAGGUAUGGUCAGUCAUGACAGGCUCCGCAGAUGCUUCCCGAGGUAUGCUCCUCCCUUGGCGGCCACGACGACAGGCGCUGGCAUCCAGUGCAGUAGCCUGUACGCGAGAGAUUCUGGGCAAUGUCCCGUUGGUGUCCUUGGCAUUUCAAAGACGGUCUUUUGUGGUCGAGGAGCGACAGAGCAGCAUAGCACAACAUGUCAAGUCCGAGCUGUGGUCGCCCUUAACCGUCAAUGCCCUGGCGUGCACGACCGCAGCCUUUGCUAUAGGACUGGUUACUCUCGCCGUUCACCACCGUCGCUCUCCACGAGAAGGCGCGCUUAUUUUCUGGGCUCUGCGUCCUUCUGUGGGCCUUGGUGAGGCUGGUGAUAUACUCAGCGUCCUAGCACACCAGAUGCCCAACGGGGCUUCGUUAUCACUGUUGUGA